AUAAUUCACCUUUACACCUAUAUAUACCUUUUUCAUAUUGUAUUAAUUAUUAUUUUCAUGAACUCUGAUACCUUCAUCUUUUAUUUUCAUACAACAAAAUAGUUUCAGAUUUUCACAAUGGCAUUGAAAUUUUGCAGGUUAAGCCUCGUAGAACUUUUACUAGUGGUCGCAACUCUCAGGUUCCGAGCCACUAGUGCCCGUGACUUGCAAGUGUAUUCCAUGCUUGAAAGGCACGAAAAAUGGAUGAGUCACCAUGGGCGCGUAUACAAAGAUGAUGUUGAAAAGGCAGAGCGAUUGAAGAUAUUUAAAGAAAAUGUCGAAUUUAUUGAGGCAUUCAACAAUGAUGCUGCUCAUUCUUACCAGCUUGGCGUCAAUAAAUUUGCAGAUCUAACGAAUGAAGAGUUUCAAUCUAUGGUUGGUAGAUAUAAUCUAUCUUUCCUUCCAAAGACAUCGAAUUUGCAAUCAUUUAGUUAUCAAAGUGAAAAUUCCAGUCCUGAUAGUUGGAACUGGAGAGAACAGGGUGCUGUUACUCCUGUUAAGGACCAGGGUAAAUGUGGGUCAUGUUGGGCAUUUUCAGCGGUAGCAGCAGUAGAAGGACUGAGCCAGCUAAAAACGGGUAACUUAAUUUCACUAUCUGAACAACAACUUCUAGAUUGUGAGUCCAGAAACAACAAUGGUUGUGGAGGCGGCGUCAGGAACGAAGCAUUUCUAUACAUAGCCGAAAACGGAGGGCUCACAACAGAAUCAAAUUACCCAUACACUGGAAUUCCUGGAAGUUGUAACAGCAAAAUGGCGGAAUCAACUGCAGUAACAAUUUCGAGCUACAAAACAGUGGAUCCAAGUGAAUCAGCAUUGUUACAGGCAGUACUAAUUCAGCCAGUUUCUGCAGGUGUAAAUAUUGGGAGCGACAAAUUUCGAUUUUACAAAGGGGGAAUUUUCAGUGGGGAAUGUGGGGAGAGUUCACAUCAUGCAGUUACAGUGGUAGGGUAUGGGACAAGUGAGGAUGGUAGUAGUAAUUAUUGGUUGGUGAAGAAUUCAUGGGGAGAAAAUUGGGGUGAAAGUGGAUAUAUGAGAAUGGCGAGAGAUGUUGUGAAUGGUGGAGUUUGUGGCCUUGCUACUCGAGCUUCUUUUCCUACUGCUUAGUGUUAGACAGAGGAUUUUACAACUCUGUUUUAUCUUACUUCUUUUAGUUAUGUACCAUCGUAUCAUCUUAUUCUUCAAUCUUUAUUAUAAUAAUAUUUACAUAUUUUUGAUUCA